CGUUUCUUUUCUCAGCUGUCAAAGCAUGAAUAAUUUAACGGUGGUUGAAUGCGUUAUUAAUAUCUUCGACAAGCUUUAGUGAUUUCUUGAUGAUGUGGAAAUGCGUGUGCUUAUUAAGAUUCGUUACAAGUGUUUUCAAUACAAACGUGUUUUCUAGCUGCGUACUUGUGGAAUACGAAUAGUUUAGUGGACAUCUGCGUUGUACGGGGAUGCAACCAAUACUUUUUUACCAGGAAAGUACACCGGUGGCUCAGUAUCGCACUAUAACUACGUUUACGCUCACAUCUUCCAUUGUUACCGAAACCCUUAUUACGAGAGUGUUUUACUGAGACGGACAGUGCAUGCAGCUGACAUAGUCAGAGGCGCAUCAUUGCUUGACAUAUUGUGGCUGGUCAUGGCGCUGUGUCUGAUAAGCAGUGAUAGGCUUGGGACCCAUCGACAAACCGACAGGUCACAUGAUAGGCUUGGGACCCAUCGACACACCGACAGGUCAAAUGAUAGGCCUGGGACCCAUCGACACACCGACAGGUCACAUGAUAGGCUUGGGAACCAUCGACACACCGACAGGUCACAUGCUAGGCUUGGGACCCAUCGACACACCGACAGGUCACAUGAUAGACUUGGUACCCAUCAUCACACCGACAGGUCACAUGAUAGGCUUGGGACCCAUCCUCACACCGACAGGUCACGUGAUAGGCUUGGGACCCAUCCUCACACCGACAGGUCACAUGAUAGGCUUGGGACCCAUCGACGCACCGACAGACGGAGCAGGCAAUGGACGAGAAUACCCGGAUGAUGAUCCAGAUGGCGACCAUGUUAAUGCAGAACCAGUCCGCCAUUAAGGAGACCCAGCACCAGCUGCAGACGACAGCGGUCCACGCGGGAAAACACGUGACCAUUAGCGACCGAGCAGAAGACACACCAGAAGAGCGCCGGUCCGACCCGAUCAACACUCCUUCAGCAGUUCUGGGUAUGGACUCCAACAUUAUGGCGGAUCUUGCGCGCCAAAUCGUUAUGAACGCAAGUAAAGGUGAAACAACAAGAAAGAGCAAUGACAAACCAACGACUAUUGCACAAAUGAUUCAGUCCCAGAAUGUGCACAUUAGUACACCUGUGUCUGCUGCAACAAGUGUAAAUAACACUAGCGAAGGAAAGAUAUUUGUGUACAACACGAUUCCGGACGACGAGGACGAGAAUCUGUCAUGUCUCGAAACAACCGCUUCCUCUUCCAUUGACAUUAAACCGGACAUUGCCUCACUGGCGGCAUGCACGAACGGUCACUACGUGACAUCUGGUGGUGGCAAACGAUAUCCUUCCAUCGGGCCAAUCAGGAACAAGUACGGUCGAGUUUUGCGACCCGGCAUUGACAAUUUCGGUAGAUUCGAAGCAGUUGCAAAUCAUGGCCUUAUUAUGCACGCGAUGGAGCUUCUCAGACAAAAAGAUAAGAAAAAGAGGGGACCAAAGGAAAAAGACACAUUUUGUGUAUUUAUGUACUGUUUACCAGACAAGAAUGCGAAAUUACCCAAGUUCUCUUCACUGGAUCCGAUAGAGCGAGCGUUAGUUGAUCAGCAUCAACUGGAAGGCUAUGGCUAUCCAGGGAUCGAUUACAUCAACGGCAUCCCCCGCAAGACACAAUUGUGUCUCUCUUAUGACGAGCCACGCUUCCGGACCCACAUGGCGACGCUUUACCCACGGUUGGAGGGCCGGAUGUGGGACAUGUACCGCAUAGACAAAACGCGCCGCCUCAUCCGAGUGGAUGCCCGGUCGCCAAGGCAACUGAAGAAUAUGAAAUAUCAAGGCAGCCUAAUCGUCAUUCCAUACGAAGGGCUCGAUGAUAGACCAGCGCCGAUAAUUCAUCGGAAUUUUGAUGACGUAUACACCGGAAACGGAAAUACAUGCCUUUCCCUCGGUAACCCUCUCAGUCUUAUGCAGAAUUUCAACAUACCACUACCGAGUCUUCAUGGCGUCCGUACUGACGUCACGGUGGGUUACAGAAUAAAGUCAGACGUGAAGACGUCCCCGCCGUUGUCGUCUGCCUCCUCAUCCCCAGGAAACACGAACAAGCCAGUGAAGAACGGACAUGACUCUGUAGCAACGACAGCCUCUGGGUCGGGAACCACAGGAAUCCUAUUCGACGGCUUACGGCUGAUGAAGAUGGCCAUGCUAGCUAGGUCGAAACUGAAAUCCACGAAGAAAAUCCAGAUCAAGUCCGAAUCCAUUCUAAGCGAUAUGCUGAAUGCGUACAGAGAGGACGAGGUGUUAGAAACUCACCGAAUUGUCGUCUGCUUCCAGGAUGACCUCACCAUGGAAAUUCCCACUGGUUCAGUGUUCGUGAUGUUUUGGAACGAAGCCUUCCGGAAGCAUUUUACGGGAAACCACCACCUGGUUCCGGUGCUGGACCCCAGUGCCGGGGAGGACUUGUUCCAGAUAUUUGGCCGGGUGCUAGUACACGGGCUGGUGCAGGAGAACUACGUUCCGCUGCGCUUCUCUCCAGCCUGCCUCGCCUUCGUGCUGGCCAACGCUUGUAGUGACCAGCUGAGUAUCAGCUCGUUCUACCAGGUCAUGUCCAAGACGGAGCGCGAGAUCCUGCUGGCGGCCCUCGCCGAGGCGAAGCUGAACCUGCACAACCUCUCCCCUCGCAUCGACCGCAGCCUCAAGACCGUGCUCGCCAGCUACGGAUGCAAGAGAACCCCCUACUCAUACGAACUGGACAGCCAUGUGCCAGGCAUCGCCCGAAGCUUUUUGCUGCACCAGCCCUACUGGGCGCUCUGCCAAAUUCAGGAGGUCUUUUGCCAAUCAGACAUGAACAUUUCCGGGCUUCUCGAGGACGACAUUAUCACACUAUAUAAGGUGUUAUCACCAGACGUGACGUCACUCCUACACCGCACAGUGUACAUAUAUUCAACAGAUGGAGACAGUCGCAAAUCAGAAGAGAGAGUCAAAGACAUGUUUGAAGAAUACUUACAUAAAAUUUCACUGUGUGAUUUGAGCAAACUCCUUCAGUAUUGGUGCGGCUACGAUUGUCUGUGCGUAAGCGAGUUUUCUGUAAAAUUCAUGAACGAUAGGCCAGCUAAGAGUGCGUUUGAACCAAGACUUUCAACUCUACUCUUACCGUCUGCUUGUACUUCCGUUUCAGAAUUGAGCGCUUACCUCGAUUCACAAAUGUCGUCUGCAAAUGUUUCUGAAACAGGAAGUAACUGGGAGUAUACGUUCUGACGAUCAAAUAUAUGGAAACGUGCUUGUUUAUGCAACUUUUUUUUUGAAAACUGGACACCUUAUGAUACGGGUUAGUGAU